AUGCAGAGCUUUGUUGAGGAUGACACAGAAGCCGAUGAUUACUCUUCAGUUGCCGCCGGGCACUCAUCCCUUUCACUGGAUCUUCUGGGAAAAGUUGGCUCUGAGAUCAGUGAGGAAGAGACCUUCCCUCCCGGGGUCGAGCUCAAACUUUCAGUCACCAUCGAACACUCAUCUGACUCAAACAAUCUCAUGGAGCGAGUUGGCGCUGAGAUUUGUGAAGAUGAAAUCCCUACUCCAGAAAAUGAACUUGAAUCCUCAGUAUGCAACAACUUAUCAAAACAAGCUCAUCCCAUCCUACCACAGUCAACCCAAGACUUCUCCCCAGGGGUGGAUCCUAACUUGAUAGAAGAAUCUCGACCAGGUUUAACAGCUGAAACAAUAGCCGAGUCCCUACUAUCGAACAUAGAGGAAACAGAGGAAGAUCAAGUUUCAAGUGAUAUCAGCGUGUGGGACUACUUGCUCCCUAAAGAAGAAGAAGAAGAAGAAGAAGAAGAAGAAGAAGAAGAAGAAGAAGAAGAAGAAGAAGAAGACGACAUACUGACAUCCGCUGGGGACGAGCAUACAUCUACCAAUGCUUUGGAUUACCUGAUAAUUCCACAAAGGGGUGCGAGUAUCGAUGGAAUAAACCCCUUCGUGUAUCAAAACUGCAAUGAUGCCUGGUCAAUAAAUUCAACCUUAAGCUUGACAAGCGAUAAAUCUUCAUCAAGAGAAGAUGUCAUGUCUGAUUACGGUAACCUUCCAUCAAAAAGCCUACAGCCAUCUUCAUUCACAGAAAUGUCACUUGAAGAGCAGAAUUCUCCACCAAUCUCCCCAAGAGUCAAUGACCGACCCCACAAAAUCCUAGAAACGCAGGCAUGUCCUAUCUUUGCGUGGAAAUCAGAGACAGCAGACGGGAUAGUUGACAACUCAUCAGCAGAUUGUGGCCCUGUUCCCGAUCAAUACAAAGAUGUUGAUAGCACUAUCCGUGCGAUACUGGAGGAACGAGACAGUGAAGCCCCAUGGUACAUUGAAUUUGAGGGAGAACUAGCAGCGAUAAAUGAUUUUCCUGAUUGCUCCAGGAUGCAACUACGCGCACACAUGGAGCGCAUUGGCAUCGGGUUGAUGCAAAUUGAGGCGUCCGAUGAGCUUGCGGGUAAACGAGAAAGCUGGGCAUUGAAGCAGAAAGUGAUCUCCACUUCAGUUGGAAUUCUGGAUGCAUUUGUGCCUGUCUUCUACCAGGAAAUUUAUCGAUACUGGGUUAUCAAGAAAUUUUAUGGGGCUGCCAUGAAGAUAGCAGAUGGAAAUCUACCUCAAAAAGGUCGCACAGAACCUGUCGUAUUUCCACCAGAAGCUGGAACAAAUUCAGGCUGGGGUCUCAUGCGGACCAGCUGA